CCAUUUCCCUUCCACACAUUCCUACGUUGCCUUAUCUCUGAGCUGUGCUGUCUUUGUUUCCCUACGAACACAAACUAUCCCAAUGCAAUAUCGAACUUCUUCCCUCCCACCCGAUCAUACACCGUCCUUGUCCAUACCCACCAUCCUCGUUGCAGCUGAUCUUCAGUUCCAUCCUUCGACGCUCGACCUCCAAUGGCUAACAAGUUAGCCAUUACUGUAACAUCCCCUCCUUUUCACACGGCCACAUUUAAAAGGCCCUUGAUUCCUGUUUCUUCAUCGUUGUUUUCGUUAUCUUCUUCUACAAGGGUUCGGUCGGUUCACUUCAAUGGAAGGCACGCAUGCUUUCGGCGCCGGGUUUUGGUGCUUAACACCAGGGCCACUGCCGACAAACAAGACCAGGUUGAAGACAGCGAGGUUGUCGACGGUAAAAUUCUGCCAUAUUGUAGCAUAGACCAAAAAGGGAAAAAGUCAAUUGGCGAACUUGAACAAGAGUUUCUUCAAGCUCUGCAAGCAUUCUAUUAUGAGGGAAAAGCUAUCAUGUCAAAUGAGGAAUUUGAUAAUCUCAAGGAAGAGUUAAUGUGGGAAGGAAGCAGCGUUGUUAUGCUAAGUUCGGAUGAACAGAAAUUUCUUGAAGCUUCAAUGGCUUAUGUUGCUGGGAAACCAAUUCUGACCGAUGAAGAGUAUGAUCAAUUAAAGUUGCGGCUAAAGAUUCAAGGGAGUGAUAUUGUUGUCGAGGGUCCACGAUGCAGUCUCCGAAGUAGAAAGGUUUACAGUGACCUGUCCGUUGACUAUUUGAAGAUGCUUCUGUUAAACGUUCCGGCAACCGUUGUUGCAUUAGGAUUGUUUUUCUUCCUUGACGACCUUACUGGGUUUGAGAUUACAUAUCUACUGGAGCUCCCCGAGCCAUUCAGUUUCAUAUUCACGUGGUUUGCUGCUGUGCCCCUCUUAGUUUGGCUUGCUCUCUCACUCACAAAUGUGAUUGUGAAAGAUUUCUUGAUCUUAAAGGGUCCAUGUCCUAAUUGUGGUACUGAGAAUGGCUCCUUCUUUGGCACCAUACUAUCAAUUUCCAGUGGCGGUACUACCAACACUCUCAAAUGCUCAAAUUGUGAAACUGCGUUGGUAUAUGACUCAAAGACACGCUUGAUUACGUUGCCAGAAGGAAGUAAUGCUUGAUUGGAGGCACGCACGCACGCACCCUGUCAAAGGUGUUACGCAUGUAUUAUAGAGUAGAUUCUUCUUCCCUUUUUAUUUAUUUUCUUCAUUGUGCAUGCAAUUAUGACAUGUCGAAAGCCACUCCCUGCAGGAUCAGUCCAGUUUAUGCGAUCCGAUAGUUACUGACCUAUGAAGUUUGGAGAUGAAGGGUUUCACGUUAUGUAUAUAUACCCAUGGUCAUCUUUGUGUAGAGCAAAAAAAAAAAAGAAAAAAAAAGAGCUGUUAAAUGGGUGCUUAUAAAUUCAUUUGUAGAGUAUACAUGCUUGUGAUGUAGUCCUUAUAAAUCAGUGGAAGAGAAUUUGCGUAAUUUUAAAGGAACA